ACUGUCAGCCCUCUCGCACCGGCGAUCGCCACGGGCGCCGUCUCUCUCUCUCUCUCUCUUCCGCUUCAAAUCGAGGAAAGUUCAUCCCCCCCCUUCUCUCUUAUCUUCAACCGCAACAAGUCAGCAACUCUCCCCUCUCUCUUUUUUCCAGUUCCGGAAAAGAUGUGAUCUUUUCAUGGCAAAGCCCGCCGGCUCAGAGGCAAGGAGGCAGUGAACAGCUUCCCCGAGCUCAAAAAUCGCAGCAACAAUGGUGUCCUCCGCGUCCCAGAAGAAACCCCUUCUCUCCCUGCUGACCCACAACCUCACGAAGCUCACCAUCCCCUCUACAUCAUCUUCUUCCCCUCCCACCCACCUACUCCAUCAGGACUUCGAUUCCUCCGACGUCUUUGGCCCCUUAACCCCGCAUAACCCACCUAACCCCUCUCCUUCUUCUUCUUCGACUAGCUCCUUGCUCCCGAAGGACCCACAAGUAAUCCAUAACCGGUCCCACUCCUUCGUGGGCCCCUCCCCUCGGUACCCCCACUCGGCCUCCCUCCCCUUCGCCAAGGUAGAAGCUUUGACAGAGUCUGAUGCUGAGCCAGAAGAAGAAGAAGAAGAAGAUAAAAAAGAAGAGAUCUUGAACCAAGCUGCUGACAAUGGAGAUUGUGAAGGCGUCAAGAAGAGCAGCUGCAGCAGUGGUUGUGGUAUGGUUAUAGGUGUUGGGGAUUUUGAGAUAUUGAUGGUCGUGGGGAAGGGAGCUUUCGGGAAGGUGUUCAUGGUGAGGAAGAAGGAGUACAGUAAUGGUGAUGGGAUCUAUGCGAUGAAAGUGAUGAGGAAAGACACCAUCAUAAAGAAGAAUCAUGUGGACUACAUGAGAGCUGAGCGGGAUAUUCUUGCCAAAGUUGUGCAUCCCUUUAUUGUCCCUCUCCGCUUCUCUUUUCAGACCAAGUCUAAGCUUUACUUGAUUCUGGAUUUCAUAAAUGGUGGGCACCUGUUUUUUCAUCUGUACCGCCAAGGAAUCUUUAGUGAGGAUCAGGCAAGGUUUUAUACUGCUGAGAUAAUAUCUGCUGUUUCUCAUCUACACAAGUGUGGGAUUGCGCACCGUGAUCUUAAGCCCGAGAAUAUCCUAAUGGACGCUGAUGGCCAUGUUAUGCUUACUGACUUUGGAUUGGCGAAGGAGAUCGAUGGAUCAAGCAGAUCGAAUUCAAUGUGUGGGACCACUGAGUACAUGGCUCCAGAAAUUUUACUAUCCAAAGGCCAUAACAAAGAUGCUGAUUGGUGGAGUGUUGGGAUACUUCUUUACGAAAUGUUGAAUGGGCAGCCACCAUUUACACAUACAAACAGGCAAAAGCUUCAGCAGAGAAUCAUCAAUGAGAAAGUCAAAUUGCCCCCACGCCUUACGAGUGAAGCCCACUCGUUGCUCAAAGGACUACUGCAAAAGGAGCCAUCAAAAAGAAUGGGUAGCGGACCUAGUGGAGGGGAUGAGAUCAAGGGCCAUAAAUGGUUCCGAUCAAUCAACUGGAAGAAGUUGGAGGCGAGAGAGAUGCAGCCCAAGUUCAAGCCUGACGUUAGUGGAAGAGAUUGUAUAGCAAAUUUCGAUCGGUGCUGGACCACAAUGCCUCCAGAUGACUCUCCAGCUCCAACGCCGACUGCAGGUGAACAUUUUCAAGGCUUCACGUAUAUAGCCCCCAAUCCCUGGCUUUCUUCUGGUUCAGUUGAAGAAUAGUUCUCUCAAACAAUAGUGAGAAUUGUGAAAAAUUACAUUCUGUUCUGUAAGUGUGAAUAGUUAUUAUGACUUCUGUCAUAUGUAACAUACGAAUAAGCACUCUGUCUAUUUCUGAAUUGCAAUCUUAUGGUUCAUUGUUUGUACUAUAGUACAUUUGAUUUGCCACCUGAAAAUAAGAUUUCGCUUUUCAUUUAUUGUCACCUUUUUGAAAGCCUACUUGUGCAAUUUCUGUUGUUUGUACUAAUGAGAAAAUUACUCUGCUGUUAGCAUGGCACCAUUGUUUUUUAUUGGAAACUUGAGUAGCUGGUACUUUGACUAUGAAUGAAAAUCUGUGUAGAAACUUCAAUCCUCCAUAUGUCUGAGGGUGAAGCAUAUUAGAAGUCAUUUGCAGGGGAGGAACUUUCCCCCUUGUGGAGGGUUUGGUAUCUUAUUCCCCAACUUUUUUGUAUAAUCAUAUGUGUAUAUGAGGGGAAGCGAGAACAGAUGACUUUUUGGUGAAGGAGGCAAAAAGCCAAAAUAAAUGGUGCGGAGAAGCAUUCAGAAGUAUAAUGAUAAAGGAGAUACUGAGGAAUCUAGUUCCGUUAUUAUCGAGAAAAAGAGCAAGAGGCAGGGAGUCAUCUCAUACUUCUUGAUGAAGGCGACACAAAGCAAGUGGUGGAAGAAGCUUUCAGAAGAAAAGCAGUUCAGCUAGCAAUGAACAGCAAGGAUAGAAGCAGCGAGUCUCUGUGCGAGAGAUCGAUGAAGAUGGUGACAAACAUCAUCAAGCUCUCUUCCUUCUCCAUAGCCAAAGCGAGCCUUGGGACCCCAGGCCGCUCACAGUCAAAUGGAAAUCUCUCUAUUUCAUCGGGAAAUGACUCUUACAUGGCGAGUCCGGGGCCGCUGGUGCAUCGAUUCCGUGGGAGUCACCAGUUGCAGGAGACCUCCAAGCCAACAUCCUACCUGGUCGAACCGGGUGAAGGGGUGGGGUCCACAUAUGUGAUCGAUGAAGACAAGAAUGUCGACGGUAUGGCUUCGGAUUACAUCGCGAGGGUGCAUAAGAAGAACAGGCAUUAUCUACGUGAAACACCUGAGGAUUUUGCCAUCAUCCUCCCACCUCCGCCCCGUGUAGUCAAGUAGCCAGUCAGGUUGUUCUCUGUACUAUGCAGAUGUUUAGGUUCCCUAUGGUUCUCCAAAAUAAGUCCUCCAACCACUAUUGGUCUGAUCAAAGCUUUUCUAUGACCUAAUGGUAUCAUUGCUCCGGUUAUAAAAAGGUUUGGUGUCGUGUUCCCUCAUUUUCUCCUGCAUCUUGUGCUUGAACUCGACUGCAGAGGUUGUGCUAUGGUCAUCUUCAGUGAACUAUCUGUCCCAUUAGCUGAGGGUUCGACAGUGGUUUAUCGGGGCUACUUACAUUUUUAUUUUA